UCAAAACAUUCGCACAUUAUUGUAUCGUAUCUCUACAAACUCCAGUGGGCCGUAGAUCCGAGAAGUUUGGGAAAAAACCCUAACUUCUCUUAUUACUCACAACUGCAGCAUCUCUUCUCUUCCUCUACAUCUUCAGUCAUGGCGGGUGCAGCUCCUGAAGGAUCACAGUUUGAUACUCGUCAGUAUGAUUCGAAAAUGACAGAAUUGCUAAAUGCUGAAGGGCAAGAUUUCUUUACCUCAUACGAUGAGGUCUAUGAUAGUUUUGAUGCCAUGGGAUUGAAGGAGAACCUCCUCAGGGGCAUUUAUGCAUACGGUUUUGAGAAACCCUCAGCAAUUCAACAAAGAGGAAUUGUACCUUUCUGCAAAGGUCUUGAUGUGAUUCAACAGGCUCAGUCUGGAACUGGAAAGACUGCUACUUUUUGCUCUGGAAUUCUGCAACAACUAGACUAUGAACUACUAGACUGUCAAGCUUUGGUCUUGGCACCUACUCGUGAGCUUGCACAGCAAAUUGAAAAGGUCAUGCGAGCACUUGGAGACUAUCUUGGUGUCAAGGUUCAUGCUUGUGUGGGAGGCACCAGUGUCCGUGAGGAUCAACGCAUCCUUUCAAGUGGGGUUCACGUUGUUGUGGGAACCCCUGGACGUGUAUUUGACAUGCUAAGGAGACAGUCUCUCCGCCCUGAUCACAUUAAGAUGUUUGUAUUGGACGAGGCUGAUGAAAUGCUUUCCAGAGGCUUCAAGGAUCAGAUCUAUGAUAUUUUCCAGCUCUUGCCUCCUAAGAUUCAGGUUGGUGUUUUCUCUGCCACAAUGCCUCCUGAGGCCCUUGAGAUCACGAGGAAGUUCAUGAACAAACCCGUGAGGAUUCUUGUGAAACGUGAUGAACUGACCUUAGAAGGUAUUAAGCAGUUUUAUGUGAAUGUGGACAAGGAAGAAUGGAAGCUUGAGACCCUUUGCGAUUUGUAUGAAACCUUGGCCAUCACACAGAGUGUGAUAUUUGUGAAUACUCGUCGCAAAGUUGAUUGGUUGACUGACAAGAUGCGAAGCAGAGAUCAUACAGUCUCGGCCACUCAUGGUGACAUGGAUCAGAAUACUAGGGAUAUUAUAAUGCGCGAAUUUCGUUCUGGUUCCUCUCGUGUUCUCAUCACCACUGAUCUUUUGGCCAGAGGAAUUGAUGUCCAACAAGUUUCCCUUGUCAUAAAUUAUGAUCUCCCCACUCAACCUGAGAAUUACCUUCAUCGUAUUGGACGUAGUGGGAGGUUUGGUAGGAAGGGUGUUUCAAUCAACUUCGUAACCAACGACGAUGAGAGAAUGCUGUCUGACAUUCAGAGGUUUUACAAUGUGGUGAUUGAGGAGCUCCCAGCAAAUGUUGCUGAUCUCCUGUGACCAGCUUUGGACAUUCAGAGGUUUUACAAUGUGGUGCUUUAGCUGUGUCUCGAAACUUCCCCUCCUUUCUUUUUCAUCUUCUUGAUAUCCUUCUUACCUUUUGUUUGUUUAGUAGUUUCUGUGAUUCUGAACUAAUGAGUAAUGCAUAUUAGCAUUUUGUAAUCCAUCAUCCUAUUUAGUGGUGGGCUUUUGCUAGUUUUUGACAUCCAAAGUUUUUGUAUUUGAAGAAUGUUAUCGAGUACAUUUUUAAUUUGCAUUUUGGAAGA